CAAUGAAUAACUAAUCAGUAUAACGUAAAUUGUUAGAAGAUUAUAAUAACAGAAAAUUAGAACGAUUCAAUAGUAAGAGAACUUCACGAAAAUAAGCUUAAAGAACGAAUUAAAAAAGUAAAAAUGACUACAGCUGCCAGGCCAACCUUUGAUCCUGCACGCGGCGGUCAAGGACGCGGUGAAAAGGAUUUAAGUGCAAUUUCAAAACAGUACAGCAGUCGUGAUUUACCAUCCCAUACAAAAUUAAAGUACAGGGAACAUGGACAAGGUACAAUCGAGGAAUUAAAAAACCGUGAUUUCCGUAAAGAGUUGGAGGAUCGUGAGCGCGAUGUAAAGGACAAAGCAGCACCUCGUCGAUUAGCAAUCGAACCUAGUAGGGAUGCGUCUGCCCCUAACUCAAAAAGACCAAAGGUUGAUCAAGUACCUGCUGCGAGUCUCGAUGCCGAUGAUCCAUUAGAUGAAGAUGAUUCUGAAUCUGAAAGUGACGACGACGACACUGAAGCAUUGAUGGCAGAAUUACAGCGUAUAAGAAAAGAGCGAGCUGCUGAACAAGCUAAAAAGGAAUUGGAAAAACGACAGGAAGAAGAAAGAAUUCGAAUGGAAAAUAUUUUGUCUGGAAAUCCUCUUUUAAAUUAUGCCGCGCAAAGUGGCAGGACUGAUAUGAAAGUUCGUAGAAGGUGGGACGACGACGUAGUAUUUAAGAAUUGUGCAAGAUCAGAACCAAAAAAGAAACACGACGUAUUUGUCAAUGAUUCUUUGAGAAGUGAAUUUCAUCGUAAAUUCAUGGAGAAAUAUGUGAAAUAACUUUUCUUGACGUUCAAUUAUACAAUCCGAUUAAGUAUGAGUGAAAUUAAUAGAAAAUAUAGUUUUUUAGAAUGUAUUAUAAU